GCUGCCCAUAACCUUGUUUAUUUUACUAAAAACAUAAAAACAUUAGUUAAAAAUAUCUAACCUGCGAUACGAUGACCAACAACGAUGCGGCGGUGGAAACUGCCGGCUCUAGCAGAGCUGGCGGCAGCAAACAGCAGCCCAAGCUGGAGAUCACCGAGAAAGUGCGUGUCCUGUGCCUGCACGGCUACCGGCAGAAUGGAGAUGCCUUCAAAAACAAGCUGGGAUCCUUCCGCAAGUUCGCCUCCAAGUAUGCCGAGUUUGUGUUCAUCACGGCGCCGCACGUGGCCGCUGCCCUGGAGUCGGCGGCGGAGCCUGUACCGGAGCAGAGGAGCUGGUGGGCCAACAAGGACGACGGAUCCUAAGGAACAAACAAGGGCGGUCCCGCCUUCGGUUUCCAGGAGAGCCUGCGCUGCGUGGAGGAGGCGUGGCGGACGCAGGGUCCGUUCCAGGGACUCCUGGGCUUCUCGCAGGGCGCCUGUUUCGUGGGCCUCAUCUGCGGCCUGGCCAAAAAAAUGACCUCCAUCCGCCCAGAGUUUGCUGUGCUCGCCUCGGGCUUCCUGUCCGGCAGCCUGGUGCACAUGAGUGCCUACGAGGAGGCCAUCAGCAUACCCACGCUGCACAUCUACGGCCAGACGGAUGAAAUCAUUCCCAAAGAGAUGAGCGAGUCCCUGGCGGCGCAUUUCAAGAACGUCGAGGUGCUGGAGCACAGCGGUGGCCACUACUUCCCGGCGACGGCCCAGCAGAAGCAGACGUUCAUCAACUUCUUCCAGGAUCGACUACAGGAGUAUCUGGAGCACCAGGAGCUGCAGCAGAGCGGCAAUGCCUCUUUCGUGGACAGCGGAGCAGAGGACGACAACGAUGCCGAGGUGGCCGCCAUGACGGCCGAGCUGGACGAGAGUGAUUAGCCGAUGGACGGGGUUUUUUUCGUUUCUUUUUAAUAAUAAUUAAAUCU